AUGAUAACAAGAAUUGGACGUGUUCUGCCUCACUUUAGCAGGGUUUCCCAAAGAUACCUGUCGACAUACACCUUUAAUGAUGGAGUUGGUACUAUUUUGUUGGACAAUGAGAAAACACGCAAUUCACUUUCGCUGGACAUGAUGGACAGUAUUCAUAAGCAUAUCGUUAGCAACCAGCAUGACACCGAACUGCGGUGCAUUGUUUUAGCAGCACGAGGGCGUGUGUUUUCAGCAGGACAUAAUCUCAAAGAAUUAACCGCUGAGCAAGGACCAGACCACCACAAGCAGGUGUUUCACAAAUGUUCGGAAUUGAUCGACGCCAUCCGGUUAGCACCGGUUCCUAUCAUUGCCAAAGUUGAUGGCUUAGCUGCCGCAGCAGGAUGUCAGCUAGUAGCGUCCUGUGAUAUGGCUAUUUGCAGCGAUACUAGCAUAUUCUCUACUCCCGGGGCCAGCUUUGGCAUAUUUUGUUCAACGCCGGGAAUCGCGGUGGUACGUGCCAUUCCUCGCAUGAGAGCCGCCUAUAUGCUAUUUACCGGGCUUCCCAUUACGGCAAACGAAGCCCUUGAAGCAGGACUUGUAAGUAAAGUAGUUUGCAAAACUCAAAUCAAUGAAGAGGUGGACAGCAUUUGUAAAGCCAUAGCAUCGAAAAGUCGUGCUGUGAUUGCACUUGGUAAGACAUUUUUUUACCAGCAAAUAGCAAUGGAUGUUUCUACAGCGUAUGAACUAGGUGAGCAAAUAAUGGUCCAAAAUUUAGCUACAAUCGAUGGACAGGAGGGAAUAAAGAGCUUUGUAGAAAAGCGUCGGCCUAAAUGGCACCACAAAGAAUAA